CCCGUUAAGGAGACCUCAUGGUUGGUAUGUUUCUUCCUCUUCUCCUGGAACGAAGGCUCUUGUCAUCCAGCAAGUGGCAGUACAAACUAGAUUGUUUUCUUCGGUAUAAUAAAGCAGCCGUCUAUACUACUUUUAGGUGCACCUUCACUGCCAAUGCAGCCGCAGAUGACUCUUGUUUUGGAGAUGAAUACACGGAGACUCUAAGGAACACGAUACAAAACUUUCCUACCCCUAAAAAGAUAUAUGAGGGCCUUAAUGACUAUGUCAUUGGUCAGGAGAAGGCAAAGAAAGUUCUAUCUGUUGCAGUCUACAAUCACUACAAGAGAGUUGCCCUGAACGAAUAUCUUACUUCCAUCUCCGCAGAAACAGGGGAAGUCAGUGAUACAACUGCAAGAGGGAAUGGAACUGCAAGUAACUUCGAUGCCAGGGCUCAAGAUUUUCGCGUGAGUGAAGUUCAAUCCCCUUCCUCAGAGGACCUGGCUUCAAUAGUGCCACAGAGGCUAGGAUUUCCUGCAAGACACUCUAUUAUUCAUUCCGGUGCUUCUUUGGCAGGAAGCUAUACCGCUUCUACAGGUACAGCGGGUUCAAAUGCCACUAGCAAAGCCGGAGGAAGUAGAAUUAGUAUCAGUCCAGAAGCAGUAACAGAACACGAAGUGGAACUGGAGAAAAGCAAUAUUUUGAUCAUAGGACCAACUGGGUCAGGAAAGACUCUUCUUGCAAAGACUUUAGCUAGGCAAGUCAAUGUACCGUUUGUCAUAGUUGACGCAACAACGCUUACGCAAGCCGGGUACGUUGGGGAGGAUGUUGAAAGUAUCCUGUACAAGCUCUUGCAAGCUGCUCACUUCAACAUUCCUCUCGCGCAAAAAGGCAUUGUUUAUAUUGAUGAAAUAGACAAAUGUUCAAAGAAGUCUGAAAAUGUCAGUAUUACUAGAGAUGUGUCAGGAGAAGGAGUUCAACAAGCACUACUGAAAAUGUUAGAGGGAACAGUUGUCAAUGUUCCAGAGAAAGGCGGAAGGAAGAAUCCUCGAGGAGAAUUUAUUCAAAUUGACACGAAGAAUAUUCUUUUUAUGUGCGGUGGAGCAUUUGCAGGGCUCGAAAAGAUUGUUGCAGAUCGUUUGGCAGCAGCCAGUAUCGGAUUUGGAGCAAUGGUAAGACAACAGUCCAAUAGAGAUUUGGAUGCCUCCAUCCUUGACUAUGUUGAAAGCACCGAUUUUAUAAAAUAUGGUCUAAUUCCAGAGUUUGUCGGUAGAUUGCCAAUAACACUUGGAGUCCAUUCAUUGACCAUGGAUCAAUUGGUUUCUAUUUUGACGCAACCAAAGAAUGCCUUAGUAAAACAGUUUCAAGAAUUGUAUGCUAUGAACGGUGUAGAGUUGCACAUGUCUGAAGGAGCGCUGAGGCUAGUUGCUCAUGAGGCAAUUGAAAAGAAGACUGGGGCUAGAGGUCUUAGAGCAAUUUUGGAGCGUUUGCUUUUGGACUCUAUGUUUGACCUUCCAGAUUUAGAAGAUGUUUCAGCUGUAUAUGUGGAUGGUGAACCUGGAGGUCAACCAGUCAUUACCCAUUAUCACAGUAGCGGUUCCAGAAGACGCCGCUAUCGUCCAACUGUUCGUUCAGUGAACAAACGUCUUUAGAAUGUGAUCUAGUACCGACAAAAGAUGUUAUUUUCUACCAAAUUGCCGCUUUAAGUCAUUUUGUCGGUUUCCAUGUUAUAUAAUGUUUUUGUUUUGCUUGUUUAUUUGCAUCUUUGAAAAGAGAGAGAAGGCUUGACUGUGUUUUAUAAGUCUACUACAUGACUUGUUUUGAUUUGUUUGUAUAUAAAAUCAAGUUCGUAUUG